AUGACCAAACUUUGUCAGUGUGGCGCUAAGAAAUUUACUGGAGAAUCACUAGGAAUGUGCUGUGGAAAUGGAAAGGUUACACUGGAUCAAUUUCCACCUCUGCCUCAGUUAUUUGAAGAACUGUUCACUGGGGAAAGUCAAUUCAGCAAACACUUUUUGUCAAGACUCAGGGAGUACAACUCUCUGUUUGCCAUGACCAGCUUUGGUCACAAAGAUGCAUCUGUCCAAGGUUGGAAUCCAUCUGUAAGAAUCCAAGGUCAAAUUUACCAUCAACUUGGGUCACUGAUGCCUCCUGAAGAUAGAAGAGCAAGAUACAUUCAAGUUUACUUUUUGGACACUUUGGAAGAUCAACUGAGAGCAAGAGGAGAGCAUCAAAACUUAAAUGCUGAUAUAUUGGAGAGAAUUACAGCCUGGUUAAAUGAAAAUAAUCAUUAUGUGAGGGAGCUAAAGACUGGGCUAGAGCAAGUACGGCAAGGAAACAUAAAUGACAAGAAAAUUGUAAUUUGGGAAAAUAAGCGUGCCCAGGGAGAACAUGCUCGGCGUUUUAAUGCACCAACAGGGGCUGAAGUUGCAAUUUUAAUGUCAAAUGAGCCUACAGAAAAUAGAGAUAUUGUUCUUCAGUUGAAACAAGGUGGAUUGAGGAGAAUUUCAGAGCUACAUCGAUCCUAUGAUCCUUUGAUGCAACUCUUCCAGCAAUUCUUGGUGGAUGCAUACUGCAAAAUAGAAACUGAAAGAUUCAAGUUUUUGAGAAGAGAACAGCAAAGUAUCCGUGCUGAAAAUUAUUCAGAUUUACGUGAUAGUCUGCUUGCUGCUGGUCGUCGCAUUGUGCUUCCAGCGACCUAUACUAGUGGUCCUCGAUACCUUCAUGAAAAAAGGUCAGAUGCGAUGGCCUUUGUGAGACACUACGGAAGAGCAGAUUACUUUAUCACUAUGACAUGUAAUCCACGUUGGCCCGAAAUUGUUGACAAUUUGGCUCCCGGACAAGAGAGUCAUGAUCGACCAGAUAUUGUUGCGAGAGUCUUCAGAUUAAAAGUGAAAAAGUUUAUGGAACAUAUGAAGAAGGGAAUAUUUGGUACUUUGCAAGCAUGGCUGUACACCAUUGAGUACCAGAAGAGAGGUUUACCCCAUGCACACUUUCUUUUCUGGAUAGCUCCAGAGCACAAAAUCAAAGCCGACGAAUAUGAUUUGGCAAUUUCUGCAGAAAUCCCUAAAAAAGAGCAAGAUAAAGAACUCCAUGAUCUGGUCAUGAAACACAUGAUCCGUGGCCCACGUGGUCCCCGAAAUGAAGGAUCCCCAUGGUCCAGGAACUUUCUUGACCAUCGUAUCUGCAUUCCGUCGGAGUGGCUCACGCUCCUCACCAGCCUGCUCAGGGCUUGGAUGUUGGAAGAUGGACACACUGGUCCCAUGGAAGGACGUUUUGGCCGUAGUCGCAGUGGGGUUGUGGUCAAUGUUGUCCACUGCUGA